GAUUCCAAUGGGCUGUAUGCUCGAACCCCUUAACAGCAUCAGAUAGAUACCAAAGUCAAGACAACAAGAAACGCAUCACUAUCUCAACUUAUAAAUGAAAACCUGUAAGCUCACAUCGACAUCUCCUUCCCUCACAAGAGAAAACUAAACUCACUUUCCCUCCUUUUCUAGGCUAUUUCUAUUUCCCCAUCCCCCAAACAUUCCCGUGUGAGUAACAUGAAGGUGUCAUCGUCUCCCAAGGUCAGCAAACACGUGGAGUGUCUCAGACAUCUUCAGAGCCAACAUGAUGAGCUGGAAGCACAGUUUCUUGAGGAGAGAAGGGCAUUAGAAGCUAAAUACAACAAGCUUUAUCAACCACUAUACACUAAGAGAUAUGAGAUUGUGAAUGGUCUAAAAGAAGUUGACGGGGUUAUGUCUGCUAAAUUAGACAGCAUAAAAGAGGAUCAAGCUAUAGAAGAGAAAGGAGUGCCUGAAUUCUGGCUCACUGCAAUGAAAACUCAUGAAGUACUAGCAGAGGAGAUUAAGGGACAAGAUGAAGGAGCCCUAAAGUUCAUAAAAGAUAUCAAGUGGUCGAGACUUCAAAAUCCCGAGGGUUUCGAGCUGGAGUUUUACUUCAACCCUUGUCCUUACUUCAAAAAUUCUGUCCUGACAAAAACUUAUCACAUAAUUGAUGAAUCUGAUCCUAUUUUGAGUCAAGCAAUUGGGACGGAAAUUGAAUGGUAUCCUGAGAAAUGCUUGACGAAGAAGGUUGUGAAGAGGAAACAAAGAAUGGUGUCAAAGAAGACCAAAACCACCAUGACAAUUAAGAACUGUGAAAGUUUCUUCACAUUCUUUAAUCCUCCUCAGAUCCCUGAGAAUGAGGAUGACCUAGAUGAUGAUGAUUAUGAUGAACUUCAGGACCGGCUAAAACGAGACUACAAUAUAGGUAUUAUUAUUCGGGACAAAAUCAUUCCACAUGCUGUGUCAUGGUUUACUGGAGAGGCUAUCGAGGAAGAUGAGUUAGAUGGUAUAGAUUAUGAUGGCAAUGGUGAUGGUGAUGACGACGACGACGACGACGACGAUGAUGAUGAGGACGAGGUUGAAGAUGAGGAGAAUGAUGAUGGGGAUGAGGAGGACAACGAAAGCGACAAGGAGGUUGAGCAAGAAGAGAAAAGAAAACUAGGUGUGAAGAAGGACAUCAAAAAAGACUAUGAUGAGGAUGAGGAUGAGGAAAAAGAAAGAAAAUGGGGCUUGAAGAAGGAUGAGGAUGAUGAUGAUGAGGCUGAAGAUGAGGAGAAUGAUGAUGGGGAUGAGGGGGACAAUGAAAGCGACCAGGAGGCUGAGCAAGAAGAGAAAAGAAAACAAGGUGUGAAGAAGGACAACCAAAAGGACUGUGAUGAGGAUGAGGAUGAGGAUGGGGACGAGAACGAGGAAAGAAAAUGGGACUUGAAGAAGGAUGAUGAUGAUGAGGCUGAAGAUGAGGAGAAUGAUGAUGGGGAUGAGAAGGACAAUGAAAGCGAUAAGGAGGCUGAGCAAGAAGAGAAAAGAAAACAAGGUGUGAAGAAGGACAUCAAAGAGGACAAUGAUGAGGAUGGGGAUGAGGAAAAGGAAAGAAAAUGGGGUCUAAAGAAGGAUGUUGAAGACGAGGAUAAGGAGGAAGAGGAAGAAAAACAGGUCUGGAAGAAGUCAUCCGAUGGACACAAGAAGAUUGGAGGGCCACAAAUUCAGAAAGGUCAACAAAGGGAGCACCCUCCUGAGUGCAAGCAACAGUAGUGUUGGAUCACACUUGCACACAAAUGACAGGAGCAGCUUGAAGAUUGUAGCAUCAUCAGUCCUAGGUGACCAAAAGCUUUAGCUGUGUGGCAUUGACUCUCUAUGUAUCAUCUACAUAUAUCGAUAUGGCCAAUGUUCUUUUC